CGCUUCGUCCGCCAUCUUUUAAACCGCUCCACGCGGCAUGUGGGUCUCUCUCCCUCCAGCCUUGGUCUUGGACGGUCAUGGCCGAAUGUGCGCUCUGCUUCAACGUCUACAGCCGCCUCUCGCCGCACCUGUCUGCGGUUCACAAGGUGUCGAACGCGGACGAGAAGAAGCUUUUGCUGGCGCUCGCCGCUGGGCGCGUGGACAUGCGGAAGACGGCGUGCCCGGUGCCCGGCUGCCGGAGGACGCCGGCCCGCCUAGACAGACACCUGAAGCAGCACGCCGAGCUCUCCGUCUCGGCCAGGAAGGAGGCUAUGGGCCGAGCGAGGCGUCGGAAAGUGGCUCGAGAGUUGCGGUGGUUGCGGUCCACUCAACCGACGGUACCCGUGGUGUCUCGGCUGGCGUCGUCCUCCGAGGAGGAACGGGAACCAGACGGCCCGGAAGCCGAGCGUCCCUGCGCCGACCCCCGCUGCAGGCUCGCAACGGAGCGCAUACAGGCCCAGCUCUCAGAGCUCCGCAAGCAGGUGGACAAGGUGAGGUCCGCCCAGCUCCAAUUCGCCCGCCGCUAUCGAGAGUUGAGGAGGGGGGAAGAGGGGAGGAAGAGCAGGCGGGCAAGGUCGUGUCCUGCCCCGCCGGCACCAUCCCCCGACCCCGCCCCCGGGCGAGGGCCGGCCCCCGGGCGAGGGGCGGCCCGAGGUCUCCGGGCGGCCUCCGGGCCUGUGGAAGCCUACGAUCCAACAAAGUACCCGUACCCGGACCACGCCCGCGCCUUGAGUUGAGUAUGGUUAUGGCACUUCUCUGUUGGGCUGGUGGUGGGUGUAUGUCGUCUAGGCUGACUUUUGACUUUCGCCCCCGUUCUGCAGACUUGCUUUUGGCAGAGUUCGAGGGUUUCCAAUUGGGGAGCGAGCCCACCGCCCGUCUGCGGAAUAACGUGGCCUCCAAACUGGCGAGGGUCAAGGCCUUCCUAGGCUUCAUGGCGACAGGCCACGCGGACCCAGAAACCUUGUCCUUCCUCAACCAACCGGCGCGCAUCCGAGCCUGGUCUGCCCUGCUAGGCCAAACGGGCAUGGCCGAGCCCACGAGGCAGCACUACCUGAAGAACGUGGCGCAGUUCCUGGAUUAUCUCUCCGAAACCCCGCCGGCCUCCUGCCGCCUCUCCAGUACCACCCUGGUGCUGAUUCGCAGGGAGCUUCGAGCUCUCAUUCGCGGCAUACGCCGCCGCGUCGUGGUGCACGAGGUUAGGACCAAGCAAGCCAAAGAAGGCAGACUCAUCUCCAAAGCCACCCUGCUACGCUGCCAUCGGACGGCUGGGAGAAAAAUACCUGCCCUUCUAGACGGCCUCGAGUCCAGCCCAGACACCAGGCAGCAGUGGCGCUUCUAUGGCUACCUGACCGGCUACCUGACCUGCAUCACGGGCCAUCGCUGUGGGGUCUUCCAGAACCUGACCAUCCAGGAGGUCCAAGAGGCUUCCAGAAGCCCGGACGAGUCCGCCUAUGUCAUAAACAUCACCACGCACAAGACAAACCGAGCCUUCGGCGCGGCUCAGCUGUCUCUCAACAAGGAAGAAUACAGCUGGUUCCGGAGGUUUUUGCAGCUGCGGGCUAGCCUCCCCGGGGGGAGCCAGGCCUCCUAUUUUUUUUUUACUUCCAGACCCAGUCCCUGUCGAACCCUGAACAAAUAUUUUCAAUCUGCAUGGACCAGCAUGGGGCUUCCCGGCAAGCCCACCUUCACUGACGUCCGAACUGCCAUCGCGACCCACGCAAAGAAUUCACAUUCUUCCGAGGAUCGCAGGAAGGUGGCCCAAUUCAUGUGCCACGAUACCUCAACCUCAGACAAGUUCUACGCGCUUCACCUAGGCCCUCUCCAAGCACGUGAGCACCGCAGACUCUUCGAGAGGGCCUUGGUGGAGGAGGAGGAGGAGGAGGAGGAGGAGGCAGCGGGCAGAGAACGCCACUCAAGGAAGGGGCGCCAGAGGGCAGAGAGUCCCGGGUCACCCAUGGAGGGAACUAGCAGGAGGACGCUGCCAUGGCCGCCUUCGAAGGGGAAACGCCCCCUCGAAGCAACCGAAGACUCUGAAUCUUCCUAAAUAAAAAUUGAACAAUAAAGGUCA